AUGUACCCAGUCAUCUCGUCUGCACUCAAAAAAGGCGCAAAAGCACCAACUCGCGUGCUCUUGGGAACUGUCCGAAACACUAGCUCGGUGCACGGCAACGAUCCAGUGCUUAUCGAAAGAGAGAAGAAAAAGAGCUUAUCGAAAAGCAGAAUUCAGACGUCUGCUCCCGUCGAUAGCGCAGAAGGAUGGAACGAGUUCCUCGCAACUGACUCUGAAGUCUUUGUCAAAGCGGAUCGCAACACCGGAGUUUCUAUGGCAGACCUUCAGGAGAGAACAGUGACUCACAUGCGUAGCGCCCGUCAAGAAGACGAGGAGCUUUUGGAUCAGGAUGGGACUGAUGGUCUUCCCGACCACGCAGAAAAGUAG